GCCCGCGGCGGCCGCUCCCUGUCAGGCAGCCGGUUCCUCCUGGCCGGGCCCGGGUGGGCCGCCUUUCUAUGUCGGAGGCCGGCUCCCGGCAGCGCCCGCCCACCGAACCCGAGCACUGUCCACGCUCAGGGGUCCCGGCCGCGAGCACCAUGGCAUUCCGGCCUGCGCGUCGCCUGCCGCCCAGACGCGGAGGUUCAGCCUGAGGCUCCUGAGGAACCGGGGUCGCGGACGGGUGCUCCGCUCCCAUCCGUCUCCCAACUCCCGCCCCCACCCCGCCCCUGGGGCUCGGCCGUCGGGCGCUCGACGCUCGACUGCGUGGCGGAUCGACGCCCUCGGCGCUCCGGUGGCGGAAGUGAGGGCGUUGGCGGCGGGGCGGCAGCGGCCAGGGAGCCCUUGGUGGAGCGCGGGGCCCUGUCCGUGCGGGCCUGCAGAUUACUUCUGUAGCUUGACCUCUACUUUCCUCAACAAGCAGAAUGUCUCGAACACGACAACCCCCGCUUGUGACAGGCAUCUCUCCAAAUGAAGGAAUCCCAUGGACAAAGGUCACGAUUAGGGGAGAAAACCUGGGGACUGGGCCAGCUGACCUCAUAGGUCUGACAAUUUGUGGGCAUAAUUGCCUUCUGACAGCAGAGUGGAUGUCUGCGAGUAAAAUUGUAUGUCGCGUGGGACAGGCCAAGAACGACAAAGGAGACAUUAUUGUCACAACCAAGUCAGGUGGCAAAGGAACCUCCACAGUCUCCUUCAAGCUGCUCAGACCUGAGAAAAUAGGUAUUUUGGAUCAGUCUGCUGUGUGGGUUGAUGAGAUGAAUUACUAUGACAUGCGCACUGACAGGAAUAAAGGGAUUCCUCCCUUGUCCCUGCGUCCUGCUAAUCCACUCGGCAUCGAGAUUGAAAAAGGUAAAUUUCCCCAGAAGGACUUAGAAAUGCUGUUCCCUGGAAUGAGUGCUGAUUUUACAAGUGAGAACUUUUCGGCUGCCUGGUACCUCAUAGAGAACCACUCCAACACCAGUUUUGAACAGCUCAAAAUGGCCGUCACCCACCUGAAGAGACAGGCUAACAAGAAGAGCGAGGGCAGCCUGGCGUGCGUGAAAGGGGGACUCAGUACUUUCUUUGAGGCACAGGACGCCCUCUCAGCCAUCCAUCAGAAACUAGAAGCGGAUGGAACGGAAAAAGUUGAAGGAUCCAUGACGCAGAAACUGGAGAAUGUUCUGAACAGAGCAAGUAACACUGCGGACACAUUAUUUCAAGAAGUCUUGGGUCGUAAGGACAAGGCGGAUUCCACUAGAAAUGCGCUCAAUGUGCUGCAGCGAUUUAAGUUUCUCUUCAACCUUCCUCUGAGUAUUGAAAGGAAUAUCCAGAAGGGUGAUUAUGAUGUGGUUAUUAAUGAUUAUGAAAAGGCCAAGUCACUUUUUGGGAAAACGGAGGUGCAAGUUUUCAAGAAAUAUUAUGCUGAAGUAGAAACACGGAUUGAAGCUUUGAGAGAAUUACUUCUGGAUAAGUUGCUUGAGACACCAUCGACCUUACAUGACCAAAAACGUUAUAUAAGGUACCUGUCUGACCUCCACGCGCCAGGCGACCCUGCGUGGCAGUGCAUCGGAGCCCAGCACCGAUGGAUCCUCCAGCUCAUGCACAGCUGCCAGGAGGGCUGCGUGCGGGACCUCAAAGGGCCACCGGGCCUUCACAGCGCCACGCUGGACCUGGACGGCGAUGUGCGUGCCUCCAUGCCGGGUCAUCUAGGCCAGACGGCGUCUCUGAAGAGGGGUAGCAGCUUUCAGCCUGGUCGAGAUGACGCAUGGAGAUACCAAACUCCCCACCGGGUGGCAUUUGUUGAAAAAUUGACCAAGCUUGUUUUAAGUCAGCUGCCCAACUUCUGGAAACUCUGGAUUUCAUAUGUUAACGGAAGCCUUUUCAGUGAGACUGCUGAGAAGUCAGGCCACAUUGAAAGAUCAAAGAAUGUAAGGCAAAGACAAAAUGAUUUUAAGAAAAUGAUCCAGGAAGUAAUGCACUGUCUGGUGAAGCUGCUCCGGGGGGCCCUGCUCCCGCUCAGCGUCACGGAGGGCGGAGGGCGGCAGUGCAGAGGCUGGGAAGUGAAGGCCGAGCUCUCUGGGCAGGGGCUCGCUCACGCCAUCCAGACUCUGAGGCUUACUUAUGAAUCCUUGACUGCCCUUGAGAUUCCUAAUGACCUGUUACAGACGAUCCAGGACCUCGUCUUGGACCUUCGAGUGCGUUGUGUGGUGGUCACACUGCAGCACACAGCGGAAGAAGUAAAGAGAUUGGCUGAAAAGGAAGACUGGGUUGUCGACAGUGAAGGCCUGACGUCCCUACCAUGCCACUUUGAGCGCUGCGUGGUGCACUCCCUGCAGUCGCUGCGAGAAGUCCUGGAGUGCAAGCCCGGAGAAGCCAGCGUCUUUCAGCAACCGAAAACCCAGGAAGAGGUUUGCCAACUAAGCAUCAACAUCAUGCAGGUUUUUAUAUGCUGUCUGGAACAGUUGAGCACCAAGCCUGAUGCCGAUGUAGAUACUGCACAUCUCUCCGUUGAUGUUUCUUCUCCUGAUUUGUUUGGAAGUAUCCAUGAAGACUUUAGUUUGACUUCUGAACAGAGACUGUUAAUAGUCCUGAGUAAUUGCUGCUACCUAGAACGUCACACCUUCCGAAAUAUCGCAGAACAUUUUGAAAAGCACAACUUCCAGGGAAUAGAAAAAAUGACACAGGUUAGCAUGGCCUCACUGAAAGAGUUGGACCAAAGACUCUUUGAAAACUACAUUGAAUUGAAGGCAGACCCCAUCGUUGGCUCCUUAGAACCUGGAAUUUACGCAGGCUACUUCGACUGGAAGGACUGCCUGCCCCCGACAGGUGUCAGAAACUACUUAAAAGAAGCAUUGGUGAAUAUAAUUGCUGUGCAUGCAGAGGUGUUCACUAUUUCCAAAGACCUGGUGCCUCGGGUGCUGUCUAGGGUGGUGGAAGCAGUUUCUGAAGAGCUGAGUAGGCUGAUGCAGUGCGUCUCAUCCUUCAGCAAAAACGGAGCAUUGCAGGCAAGGCUUGAAAUCUGCACCCUGAGGGACACCGUGGCUGCUCACCUGACGCCAGAGAGCAGAUCCAGUUUCAAGCAGGCUCUGGAAGCCCUACCGCAGCUCUCGAGCGGAGCGGACAGAAAGUAAGUCUGGGUGCUGGUCUCAGGGACCUAAACUCCUCCUCUUCAGGUGGAGACUUGGCCUUGAGGAAGGCGGUACUCGGUGGCCCUCAGGUAUGUGUUGUUAGCUUGUCUCCCACGCGGCAGAAGGAGGUAAAACCUGGGUUUCAUGACAAUUCAGAAAUUGGUUCUUUUACUGUUUUAAGUGACCGUACCAGUCCCUUAAACGUCCAUAAGAAAGUUUAUUUUGACUCACUCAGUAAACUAUAUUCUUAUCUGAAAUUUUUAAGAAAAUACUUCGAGAAACGUAAAAGAGAGGACAGCAUAGUAAAAUGCAGGACUCAAUGAUUUUUUCCUUCCAGUAGGUCAGCAGUGUACAUUUUGUGCUCUAUAAUAUGAAGUGUUAAGACUAAAUUUGUAGACAUGACAUAAUAAAGUUAUAUACGUUUCGCUAAUAUUGUGUUAAUGGUCUCAGCGUGACCUCAAACUUUGCUACUCACGUAACAGGAAAUUCUGACCCGAGACAAAGUCUAGGCCAGGCAAAGGUCACGAGUGCCCGGGCUCCCCUCACCUGAGACAGCGGAAACACCGCCGGCCUGGGCCCCUUCCCCAGCCCGGCCGAGGUCCGCCCACCCUUGCAGCUGGCUGACAAGGCAGACAGUUACGGAGCCCUGACUGCGUGACACCCUCGGUGUGGCCUGGGGCAGCACAGAGGAUGUUGUGGACACUCAGAGGGCAGAGGGAGCCUGUAGGGUGUGGACGGGGCUGGGAGGACGGGCGGCAGAGACCUUCCUAGUCUCCUGCUCCUCUCGCUGACUGUGUGGUUCAAAUGCUGUCCAUUCCUCUAGCAUGAACAUCAUGAAAGAUUGAAGCAGCCACGUAUCGUUAACAUGUGCAGCUAGUGCUCGCUAGGCUCAAAAGACCAGUGCUUUUGAGGGAGUCAGGAGCAGCAGACACCACAGUGAAGGCCAGGACGGGGGCUGUUUCAGAUCUGCGGGGAGCGCCGUGAAACCAGGAAGUAGUCUCUUGACCCCAGUAAGCUCGUUUCUUGGCUGCUUCCUCUGAGCCAGACGAGCUGUAAGGUCCCUUGUGGCCCCAGAAUGAUGCGGCUCUGUCUGGCCAGCACAGGGACCAGGCAGGUUAUUGCUGGGGUUGGGACUGACCCUGGGUGUUCCUGUGCUGCAUUCACCCCUUCAGUCCCCUUCUCCAGUGUUUGCAAAAGGCAGAAAUGCAAAAUAAGAGCAACAGAGAAGAGACCAGUAGUUGCCACGGGGUGGGGUGAGGGCAAAGGUGACGGCAGACGGGCAGCACAGGAGGAUUUGGAGGUGACGGGACUGCUCUGUCCCGACGGCGGGGUCUUGAGGCUGCUGCGGUGCGUUUAGCAACGGGCACAGAGCUGAUGCCAAAAAGAGUACAUCUCAGUGUCUGUGAGGUGUUUAAAAUUAGAGGCUCAAAUACCCAAACACCAGUCUGUUUGGGGGAGCAUCUAACUAAUCUAGGGGAAGGGGACAGAGGGCGAUCUUAUGUGUAAGGUGAAGACGUCUGCACGUGUAUGUCCUUGCAGCUAGCUUCUUUGGUCGGCUUAUUUCUGUCACUGAGUCCAGAAUCCACAGAUGAGUGACUUUCCUGGCCCAGGGAGGCACCGUGGGGCAGGGCGUGUGGGGGACCGGACCGGACCGGGCGAGCGUGUCUGGGUCCCGCCCGCCACCCGCCCGUGGCUGUCAGCGCCUCUCCCCACAGGCUGCUGGAGUUGCUGCUGAGCCGGGUCAGGAGCGGCGUGCACCUGCAGCUCGCCUGCUUCCAGGCCGCCCCUCCACCUGCCGUGAAGACGCAGGUGCCUUCCAGAUGACGCGCUCCCCCGAAC